AACGAGAACGAGAAGGAGGAUGAGGAGCACAAGAAGCAGGAUGAGGAGGAGCACAACGAGGAUGAAAAGGAGGAAGACGAGGAUGAGGACGAAGAGAAUGAAGAGGAGGAUGAAAACAACGAUAAGGAGGACAACGAGAAGAAUGAAGAGAAAGACGAUGAGGAUGAAAAACAGGAGCAGAAGAAGGAUGAG